GUUUUACCUACCAAGAGACAAGCUGAGAAGAUUACUACAAAAUACGCCUACAGAUCAACUCACGAAAACUUCAGUUUAACGUCAUAUAAGACAGUGAGGACGCCGACUGUUGACCUGGUCCUGAAAUUGUGACAGCGAUUACUAACGAAAACAUCCGUAGUUGACUAAUAGGCAGUAGUACCCCAAAGUCUCUCGGAGGACAUCAUUCUUCAAACCAGGGAACGGAGCACAUCAAAUUGCUGUAAAAAAAAACUGGAAUUUUACUAGUUCAAACACAAGAGGAUCUACCAGAGUCCCGCCAUCUUGUCACAUCAAAUCAAUAUUCUAAUAUACACAUAUACAUAUAUAUAUAUAUAGCAUGGCUUCUGGAAACGCCGUCCCCCGGGCACAGCUUCAUAUAAGGGCUAAGGGAAAUACUAAGUGUAAAGAUCACAGCGAGAAUGACGUGAUUUUCUUAUGCCAAAAUUGUAAAACGCUUAUUUGCCCGACUUGUUCAAUAUCCAUACAUAAAUCUCAUAUUGAUAGUUUUGUUGAAAUUUCAAAAAUUGAAACCGAAAACAAAAACGCUAUUCAAUUUUUUUUAAAUGAAACAGACAACGUUAACAUUCCGAAAUUGAACCAGGAAAUUAUUUCAUCGCGAACAAAAAUGUCUUCAUAUAAACCUCUGUACAAUAACCUUCGCAAAAAAAUUAUUUACAAUAAUAACCAGUGUAAAUUAGAACUGGACAAGAUUACCGACGUUUACAUAAAAUUUUGUGACAAGAUGGAGGUGGCGGCCAUGGACCUAAUUCAGACCCACAUCACAAACCUGGAGGAGAGGUUGGAUACUCUGAAACAACUCUCAUCUGAGUAUAAACAGACUCUCCAGACAGGAAAUGCUGUACUCGUGUACGACUCGGUAUCAGAAAUCCGGGAAAUGGAUCCAGACAUCCCACCGACACCUAACAUAGACAUGGCCGAGUUUACUCCGGGUAUGGCCAGACUAAGUCACCUGAAACAGGCCAUCGGGAACCUCAAAUCCCCUACUGACCAUCUCCAGACAGAAUUAGCAACUGGUGGUCACUCCGACCAAUGUCCAGUAGUCCGACCAAAACAGUCUACAGAGACUGGUCAAGCGUCCACUGGAGAAGUCCAGUACAAACUUCGUGAUCGUCCAACCGUCAUGUCCCAGUUCUCAUACCCGGAUAACAUCAGAUGGAUCUGUCCUACAUCUGAUGGACGUGCGUGGCUGUGUGACUGUAGACACCUACACACUAAAGCUCGUCAACAACCAAGGUCAGGUCAUACAGACGAUACAACACCACAGUAAGAUCAGGGAUAUCAGUCUGGACCCCACCACAGGUCGUCUGUGGUUCUGUUGUUGGGGUGAGAGGAUUAUUUGUGAAGUAACUACAUCAUCUACACCAGUCACACGGUUUACUACAGAGUAUCGCCCAGCCAGUAUGUGUGUGACCAGGGAGGGUCGGGUAGUGGUGGGUACAGAGGGUGGUAGACAGGGGUACAAGGUGGUGAUGUACAGAGUAGACGGCCGGGUGUUACAUACAGCCACUGUGGAGGGGGUAGUACCGUCAAUAACACAAUGUGGUGUUACAGGUAAGAUAGCUGUAGUGAGUGGUAACCGUAUCAUUGUGUACAACUCAACACUCCAGCCCCUGGUCCAUUACCGGGGGGAGGGGAUAAAAACCCGGGGUUUGUUGUUUAACACGACACAGAUCACACCAGACAAGUUUGGUCCUCGUACAGUUGUAUACGACAGUAAUGGUAAUAUUGUUAUUGCUGACAGGACAAGGAACACAAUAGAACUGAUAAGUGGAGCAGGGAAGUACAUAAAAACACUUCACACAAACAAAGGAUACCAGGACGUAGUAGGUAUACAGAAGGGUGAUGUGUUGUGGUCACACUUACAGUUAGAUACAGGAGGGCGGGGACUCAAACUCCUCCAGUAUUAUAGUGAGUGAGUGACUCAGCCUUGAGUGAGGAUACAGACAAUUUACAUCAGUGGACUUAAACAACAUUAACUUUGUAUUUCGAUAUCAUCUUACUUUUGUCAACAUUUAUCUACACAUUACAUAAGACAUGUAAUUAAUGUUGGAAUGUUUUGUCGUUGUUUUUUUUAAAGCAAAAUUAUAUAUAGGAUGUUAAAUACACAACUGAUUUGAAAAUGUUCUUGUAUUUUAAUAAAGAGACCAUUUACUUUGGAGUACGUGUAAUCUUAGUUGACUUUGAACAUGUGUAUUGGGUUUGUAACCACGUCACUGUGAUACAUUUCAACUACUGUAAUGAAAUCUGAAA